CCUGUCAAUGGUUGAAGUUGGCUAUGCGCUCGCUGUAGUCGCGUAUAAUUACGUUCCUGCUUGGAGCCUAGGCUAAUGUUUGACCCCGCGUUCCUGGAUGAAAUCUCUAGAGACUGUUGUGGGGAGUUAGUCACGAGGCGAGGAGAGCGGUGUCCACCUGGAGGUAACAGUGGCCUCCAUCUCUGGCUCCUGCUCGUGUUUAGUCGCUCAGUUUCGUGUCCGACUCUUUGCGACCCUUUGGCUAGGUCUCCCCUAUUCUCCUCGUCUCUCCGACGGGCCUACCUUCUCACACCUGCGCUCUGGUCUCUCGGCGUAGGGUGUAGUGCUGUAAGAUCCGCUGGUAACAGACAUCCUCUCUUGACAACCUCUUGAAGCUUGCAUGACAGGCUAUUCUAAGAAUCCUCACCAUGGCCACCAUAAAGACGAUGCCGCUCACCUCCCACCUAGAGUUUUAACUUAAAUUCUGAGAUGUCUGCCUUCCCCCCAAAGAAGUCUUCUCGGCCCCUUCUCCCUUCGAGUCUCUCGUAUUCAGACCAAAAGCUUUCGUUUGCUUAUUCAGCAUUUUUAAGAGCCUGAUUUUGCUGUUUGCGCUGCCCCUGGGAAGGUGUCAAACACCUCUUUUCAUUGUAUUUAGUCACCCAGGUGCAGAGCGAGAUUGAGAGAGACAGCGGAAGAACUUUCCCGGACUGUGCUGUCGCUCAACGGGCCAAACCAAUCAUCACGCAGGUUGCCUCCGGGCCCUCCUCUUUGGGGGCGUGCCCCUAGUGAGUGAUAGACGGAGCCGCCCGGCCCCGCUCAGCCCAGCCCACGUUGCUGCUUAGAUUGAAAUGCAGAACUCAAGCCUCUUUCAGCGGGGCACAGACUUCCUUUUACUCCUUCCUUUUGCACUCUCGCCGCCUCCUCCGGGGGAAAAGCGGAGGCACCGGCGGCCCGGGGCAGCAGCACGACGGGCCACUAAGGCCACACGAAGAGUUUCUUUCUGGGAGUGCGGAACUGGGGCCCGGCUGGUGUACUGCUCGGAGCAAUGGAGCCAGCCUUUGGGGAGGUAAACCAGUUGGGAGGAGUAUUCGUGAACGGGAGGCCGCUGCCCAACGCCAUCCGGCUUCGCAUAGUGGAGCUGGCCCAACUGGGCAUCCGACCGUGUGACAUCAGCCGCCAGCUACGGGUCUCGCACGGCUGCGUCAGCAAGAUCCUGGCGCGCUACAAUGAGACAGGCUCGAUCUUGCCAGGAGCCAUUGGGGGCAGCAAGCCUCGAGUCACCACCCCCACCGUGGUGAAGCACAUCCGGACCUACAAGCAGAGAGACCCCGGCAUCUUCGCCUGGGAGAUACGGGACCGCCUGCUGGCGGACGGCGUGUGUGACAAGUACAACGUGCCCUCGGUGAGCUCCAUCAGCCGCAUACUGCGCAACAAGAUCGGCAACUUGGCCCAACAGGGCCAUUACGACUCCUACAAGCAGCACCAACCGGCGCCUCAGCCGGCACUACCCUAUAACCACAUCUACUCGUACCCCAGCCCCAUCACGGCGGCCGCCGCUAAGGUGCCCACGCCGCCGGGGGUGCCCGCCAUCCCCGGCUCAGUGGCCAUGCCGCGCACCUGGCCCUCCUCGCACUCCGUCACCGACAUCCUGGGCAUUCGCUCCAUCACCGACCAAGGAGUGAGCGACAGCUCCCCCUACCACAGCCCCAAGGUGGAGGACUGGAGCAGCCUGGGCCGCAGCAACUUCCCCGCCGCCGCCCCGCACGCGGUCAACGGGCUGGAGAAGGGGGCCUUGGAGCAGGAAGCCAAGUACGCGCAGGCACCAAACGGUCUCCCAGCUGUAAGCAGUUUUGUGUCAGCAUCCAGCAUGGCUCCUUAUCCUACCCCGGCCCAAGUGUCGCCCUACAUGACCUACAGCGCUGCUCCUUCUGGUUAUGUUGCUGGACAUGGGUGGCAACAUGCCAGUGGCACCCCACUUUCCCCCCACAACUGUGACAUUCCCGCGUCGCUGGCGUUCAAGGGAAUGCAGGCAGCCCGAGAAGGUAGCCACUCUGUCACAGCUUCCGCGCUCUGAUGGGAGAUUCUGUCUGCAGCAGCUUCGCCGUCUGCAGCAGCUUCGCCCGAGGAAUCUCCCUCUCAACACACCCUCCCCCUCUUCCCUGGUCUCGGAUCCCACCCCUCUACCCUCCAAUCCUUUUGCCGGAAAGCUGGCUUUAUGGACUCACCUCCUUUGUGCUGAUGACACUUAAAUAUUUCUCGCCAUAACUUCUCUCUCACAGAAAACCUGACAUGACUUUAGGAUUUAAAAAACAGAAGCGAUGUUCAGGAUUGAAUGAGACGUUCGUGUUGCCCACGCACUGUUUUUAACGUAGAAACCUGCACCCCUCAAAGGGCUUAAGGAACUUUUCAAACUAGUCUUUGGUAAAACCACAUGUGUAUAUUUAUUCUAAAUCAACCUGAACUUCUGAGACGUGCAAUUGUUGAGAUUCUGCAAAAUCAAUAAAAGAAAAUACAUAUAGAAAAAGUUAUGCUACACCCUCUAAUCAAAUAAGGUAAUAAAAUAAGCCUUAAUUCAUCAUUAGGAAACCAAUCAAUAAUUGACUUGAGUGAUCCUUUAUUUUUAACAGAUGACCUAUUUUGUUGGAAAAUACAUGUAUAACUUAAGCAAUAUCUGAGUUUAGCUCCUCUGGUGUUUUGACUUGGUUCCAAAUACAAUAAUGUUUAUAUUUUCUAUUAGUUUGUAAAUACGGACUCUGGAUGGUGCAUUUGUGUUUUCAUUCCAUGGGAUAACCCCCUCCCUACUCCCCCCGCUUCUCUUUUUUUUUCCGUUUCUUUUUGCAAAGGUGACUUUCCGGCAACAGCUUUGUCUCCGUUUGGUGGUGGGCUGCUCAGGCUCCUGGGCCUGGACUCGCCCCAGAUUUUGUGUGUGCAGUGAAGGCUUUGACAUCUCAUGAAGGACAUUUUCUUUCUACAACAGAGGACUCAAAAACACAGAUAAAACAAGCCAGUCUCCCAUUUUGUAUCCCAAACAACACACAUGCCAAGCAUAUAAAGACAGGAGGGUGGAAAUAUCUGAAUGAGGCUCUAAAGGAAGUCACUUAGAAACUUAAGUUCAAUGUGAAAUGCUUCGCAAAGACACUUAAAAUGAACUUUAUGUUAAAGAAAACCACUGUGAAACUAAAUUGUACUGUUAUUGUUGGCUUACCUGUGUGUUCAGCAAUCGCAACCCAAAAUUACAUUGUAAUUUAAAGAAAAUGGAAAAUUCUGCUCUAAUGAAUGUAAAAAUGGCUUGCUGUGAAGUUUACAUUGUUGUACAGAAGCAUGUGUCUCGUGUAGGUAAACUGGUGAUGGUUUUAGAAAUACAGAUGCUAUUUAAUUUUUAAAAAUUCCCUUUAUUCAUUUCUGGAGCUACAGGACAUGGUUUAACUGAUGGAUCUUUUGAAACCAAUCGUUUCACUUUAAUGUUAAUAAUAGAACUGAGGGGGUAUAUGUGUGUGUGUGAGAGAGAGCAUGUGAUUUGUGAUUAUGUUUCAUAUUUUAAAACAACUGAUUUUCUUGGGAAAAAAUCUACAGUUUUAAUCUCUUCUGUUUAGAAAGUUCUUCCUGCUUGGCAAUAUAGGCUUGAAAAUACGUUUUUAAAACGUUGGUACAAUUCAUCUGUUGGAAAAUUAAUAUAUUGUGGGGCUUUUUUUUUGGUGUUGAUUCUGUGCAAUAACGAACAGGGCCCAUCACUAGAUAUGGAUGUUAGGUGGUUUUGAUUUCUUCCUGUCUGGGCUGUGCACAGCCCACGGGGCAAUCCACUUCUGUCACAUUGGUUUCAUGGCCUCAUUUAAAACUCAGAUGGCUAGAUUAGCCAGGUUUUCAAAUCACUAUGAUAUAAACAGUAAGCAGAUUUCUGACACACAAGUUAUGUUCGAGGAAUUGCUUUUUUCAAGCAGCAGAUAUCUUGUAAAGAGCUUUGAACUGCAUUUAUUUCUAAAGCAACCGAAAUUCAGUGCUACAAACAGAGGAUUAUAACUUCAGGAGAAGAAUAAGCAGAAGGAGCAGAUGAACUCUCAGGGCCAUAGUCUUCCUUUGAUCUUGUAAAACUCCUAUUGACAUCUGGAGUUCCCAGUCUGGUGAGAAAAUAGAACUAUAAACCAAAUGGAAUAAAAUACCAUUCCGAUAUUUGGUGGAAACUUUAAAACCAUACGGUACAAGGACGCUCCUGCCAUGCAGAAAAACUGACACAAGGUACAGAAUUAUUCCUUAUCAGAUAUUUUUAGGAGGCUAUUAGGAGUCGUUAAAAAAUAUCAAUGAUUUGUAUGGAAAUACAACUGUUAUUUUCCUUAUCUAAAUUAAGAAGUCUCUUGUUAAUAUGCUAUUUAUAUUUUUUUCUGAUUCUUGUAUCUUUAAAAAUCUAAUAUUAAUACUAUAAAAGUUUUCCUUUUCUUUUUCCCCCCGGAGGCCUUUUCUUAGCAAUGGUGAACUCACAUGGAGUAAAUUUUAAAAGAUAAGAGAAAGCCCCAAUACAAUUUGCUAUUCAAAGCACACUGUGAUUUAAAACUACUUUUAAAAAUGAGACAAGGAAAGUGGGAGGGGAGAUGAGUUUGUUCGAUUUUUAAAAACAUUAUUAUUAUUGGUUAACAUUGACUUUUUUCCUCUGUUUCUUAGGGGGUAAAAGUGUUUUUAACCUGGCAAAUGCACUCUUCAGAGAUCUUUUUCCAUCCCAUCCACUUGGAGAGGUUAAAGGUUCAAUUUCAUGGCCUCUAUGGAGGCAGUGCUCUCUCUCACAGGAUGCAAGAGAUAGAAUCACCUGCAAGGAUAGAAUGCAGUUGGACAACAGACACAUUCUUACUUCUCUUGUUUUGUCCUACUUUUAGUGACCCUCUUAUUAAGUAUUGGGCUGAAAUAUAAAUUAAAGAACACGUUGGAAAGGAUGUACAAGUGAAGGCUGUGUAUGUAUAUACAGUAUGUCAAAAGCCUUUAUUUUUAUACUUCAAAUGCUCUAAAUUAAUAAAAAGUAAUAAUUACCA